AAUUUUUGAUCUUUCUGGAAAGCAGUUGGACAAAAACUUUGUUAGAUUUUAUGAGUGUAAUAACAGAUAUACAAAUUACUGGGUUUACCACGUUUACCUGUGAGGAAUUUACACACCCGUUACAUUUCGGUGAGACGUCCCGUGGCGCGUGCUUACGGAUAAAAAGAGAGUCCUUUCGCCGACCUCAGUUGGUGCGUUCGCGACACCGCCAGUGGACGCAAAAUGUUCAACGUUACGCCCCAGCACGGCACGGAUUCGCGCUCGGUGAGCAACUUUGAGCUGAAGGCGAUCAACGCGAUCGACAAUCGGAAGCUCUGCCGUGGGUUCAAGAGUUUGUUCCUGGAGUACUGCUCGAACAGUACGAUCCACGGGAUCAAGUAUUUUGGCUGCAAGCGACGAACCCUUUACGAGAAAAUUUGGUGGAUUGUGGUGUUCUUACUGUCAGUUUACGGUUGUGGUCGAUUGAUUCAGAAUAUCUACCGAAAAUGGGACCAAACGCCGGUGAUUGUGAGCUUCAACGAGAAGAGCACUCCGGUGUGGCAGAUUCCGUUUCCGGCGGUGACGAUCUGUCCGGAGACGAAGAUGAAGUUACAGUAUUUGAACUUUACCGCAUCGUAUCAUAUGCUGUUGAACGACACGGAUGACGAAGCCAUGGAUGAGGAUAGUUUUAAUCGACUUCGGGCGGUGGCCCAGGUUUGUGAUGCGCACGUUCUUCAAGGAAUUCCGUUGAAUCAAACGUACGACAGUGCGUGUGUAGAUUAUCUCCGGAAUAUGUCGGUAUCGCUGGACGAGAUGCUAAUGUAUUGCAAGUGGCGAAACGAUAUGGACUUUUGUAACAACAUUUUUACGGAGACUCUGACGGAAGAAGGACUUUGCUUUACGUUCAAUGGGAUAGCCGCGGAUGACAUGUUGAGGAAGGAGGAGUUGCACAAGGAUUAUGCUUACACGACGGAAAAUAGGUCAUCUAUCCAGUGGACUCUGGAGAGUGGUUAUCGGGAGGAUGCAGCAAUUGAUACAUAUCCGUUGAGGGUUCUGGGAGCUGGGGCCAGGGCCGGGUUGAAUAUUUUGCUUCGAUUGUACGAAUACGAUUUGGACUACUUGUGCAGGGGACCCGUGGUGGGUUUCAAAGUACUGCUGCAUACUUCCAGCGAGUACCCGCAGGUAUCCAAGCAGUACUUUCGCGUGCCACUCCAGCAAGAAGUUAUCAUCUCGGUUAAGCCCCAGAUGAUAACCACUUCCGACGGUUUACGUGACUACGCGCCGCACCGCCGACAGUGCUACUUUAACCACGAGCGCCGGCUUAAGUACUUCCAGGUGUACACGCAGCAAAACUGUGAACUAGAGUGCAUCACCAACUAUACGCUCAGGUCGUGUGGGUGUGUCAAGUUCUCGAUGCCCCGCGAUGACCGGACGGAGGUCUGCGGGGCCAGCAAGAUCGAGUGCUACAACGAGGCCGAGGAUGAGCUGCUCAGCCAGGAGCUCAAGUACAGCGUGGACAAGAGUUACGAUUUUCGCGCCAAAUGUGACUGCCUCCCGGCGUGCACCUCUGUGCAGUACGAUGCCGAAAUAUCCCAGGCCGACUUCAACUGGAAGAACUUGUUCAUGGCGUACAAAAGCCCCAUGGACGAAUUCCCAGGAGUUCAACUGUCCCGCCUGACAAUCUACUUCAAGGAAGCCCAGUUCAUAACCUCCAAACGCAGUGAGCUGUACGGAGUGACGGACUUCCUGGCCAACUGCGGUGGUCUACUGGGACUGUUUAUGGGCGUGAGCCUGCUGAGCCUGGCGGAAAUCAUCUACUUUUGCUCGAUUCGACCGUUUGUCAUUCUGCGGGGCACGACGCGAUCCAAGCAGGCGCCAGCACAGGUUCAGCCGAUGGCACCCUCGCUGUACGUGUUCGACAUGGACAAACCGAAGGAGGCGUUUUUGCGGCGGGGAUCGAAGAGUCCCACGUUGACGAAACAAGAUGAGGGGAAGGAGGUUGAGAAGCCAAAGGAUUGCUGAGGAUUUAUAAA